UUAUGCCCUUUUUUUUUCUGAACCUGAAAGUGAAGUACAAGCUACCAGUUCUCCUCUUCUCUGUAGAAUGUGAAUUUUAUUUCCUCCUUCAUUAAACAAAGCUGUGUAAUCUUCUUUUCCAACAUGGCACCUGCAAUAUUUUGGCACACUUGGUUUGCGAUAAUUUGCAUGUUCUUUUCUGGUUUCAUAGCGUCAUGUCAUGAGACAAACAACCUUAUUCUCAAAGAAAAUCCAAACCAAGUUUCAUCUUCAAGCAAUUUCUUGUUUGGAACAGCCUCUUCUUGUUAUCAGUAUGAAGGAGCUUUCCUCACUGAUGGGAAGAGCCUCAAUAACUGGGACCUUUUUACCCAUGAAGCCGGUCAUAUUAAGGAUGGGAGCAAUGGAGAUGUUGCUGUUGAUCACUACAAUCGUUAUUUGGAGGAUGUCAAGCUUAUGGCAGAUAUGGGUGUGAAUAGCUACCGUUUCUCUAUCUCAUGGGCAAGAAUUCUGCCCAGGGGAAUAUUUGGAGAUAUUAAUAUGGCCGGAAUUGAACACUAUAAUAAGCUCAUUGAUGCACUCCUACAGAAAGGGAUCCAACCGUUUGUCACAUUAACACAUUAUGACAUACCACAAGAACUUGAGGACAGAUAUGGUGGUUGGCUAAGUUCACAAAUACAGGAUGAUUUCAGCUAUUUUGCAGACAUAUGCUUCAAAUAUUUUGGAGACAGAGUCAAACACUGGGUUACCAUGAAUGAGCCUAACCUCAUGGCUGAUCGUGGCUAUAGGACGGGGAUUUACCCUCCAGCUCGAUGCUCUGGUAUAUUUGGGAAUUGUAGUGCUGGGGAUUCAGAAAGGGAGCCUUUCAUUGCAGCUCAUAAUAUGAUCUUAUCUCAUGCAGCUGCUGUCAGCAUUUACCGCACAAGAUAUCAGAAAAGACAAGGAGGCAUGAUUGGAAUUUCUUUGGAUAUCCAAUGGUAUGAACCUUAUAGCAAUUCCUCAGAAGACAUAGCUGCAACUCAGAGAGCUCGAUCAUUUUAUGUCAAUUGGUUUUUAGACCCUAUUAUAUUAGGAAGAUAUCCUAAAGAAAUGGUACAAAUUCUGGGAUCUAAUCUGCCAGACUUUUCAGUGAAUGAUUUGAGCAAGUUGAGUUACGGCCUAGAUUUCAUUGGCAUCAAUUAUUAUACGGCUAAAUAUAUCAAAGAUUGCUUAUAUUCUGCCUGUGAACAUGGAAAAACUUGGUCAGAGGGCUCCUAUUUUGUUACUACAGAAAAAGAUGGUGUCUACAUUGGGCAACCUACUGAAGUCGACUGGCUUUUUCUGUAUCCACAAGGGAUGAAAAAGAUUGUGAUGUACAUGAAGGACAGAUUCAACAAUACUCCAAUGGUUAUCACCGAAAAUGGAAUUGCUGAGAACGAGAAUCUGAAUCCUUCAAUAACGGAUACCUUGAACGAUGUUCAUAGAGUGAACUACAUGCAUAGCUACUUAGAUUCGUUGGCAAAUGCAAUCAGGGAAGGUGCAGAUGUUAGGGGGUACUUUGUUUGGUCCCUUCUCGACAACUUUGAGUGGCUAGAUGGAUAUAGACUAAGAUUUGGACUUCACUAUGUCAACUUUACAAAUCUUGAGAGAACUCCAAAAUUAUCAGCCACCAGGUAUAAAGAGCUCAUGUAUAACUUUCACAUACAGCUUGAAACACAUACUGCCCAGAAAUAGCGGAAGAAGACAACGCACGUAUGGAGGCUUGUAAAAAGAUUUUCAUUUAGGUCUCUGUUGUUGGAAGGCAGCUGGAAAUCAAAGUAUAAUUGUUCAGCCUGAUUCCUGACUUCAUAUUGCACAAGUUAAGCUCAAGCUUAACCCUUGUAUUCACUCUAAUGGAACUGUAAUCACGUAAUAAAGAUUUAUUGAUUUUGCAGAAAUAUUCUGUUGAAAGCUGAGUUCUGUCCA